AUGCCUUCAGACGGGAGGGAAUGCAUUUCCAUUCACAUUGGCCAAGCAGGAGCACAGAUCGGAAACGCCUGCUGGGAACUGUAUUGUCUCGAACACGGGCUAGAUAGCAGUGGAUUCCUUGAGGAUGAUAUCGAUCAGAAAAAGAGGGACUCUCAGUCUCUACAAGCCUUCUACUCUGAGUCCAGCAACGGAAAAUAUGUUCCACGAGCAAUCUAUAUUGAUCUGGAGCCAACCGUACUUGAUGAAAUCCGGACGGGAGCAUUCUCAAGCUUAUUUCAUCCUGAUCAGGUGAUCAGCGGGAAGGAAGAUGCAGCCAAUAACUACGCGAGAGGGCACUAUACCAUUGGAAAAGAAUUAAUUGACAUCGUUCUUGAAAGAAUCAGAAAACAAACCGAAAAUUGCAUGGGAUUGCAAGGUUUCCUUGUUUUCCAUUCCUUCGGCGGAGGAACGGGAAGCGGUUUCAGUUCAUUGCUAAUGGAACGGUUGAGUGUAGAAUAUGGAAAGAAGAGUAAACUAGAGUUCAGCAUUUAUCCUGCCCCACAAGUUUCAACUUCUGUAGUGGAACCUUACAACUCGAUUCUUACUACUCACUGCACAUUGGAACAUUCCGACUGCUCCUUCAUGGUGGACAAUGAGGCGAUUUACGACAUUUGCCGUAGAAAUCUCAAUGUUGAGCGCCCAUCCUACUUGAAUCUGAAUCGAUUGAUAGCACAGAUAGUUUCAUCUAUAACGGCGUCUCUACGCUUCGAUGGUGCCUUGAAUGUGGAUCUUACCGAAUUCCAGACCAAUCUCGUUCCGUAUCCGAGAAUCCAUUUUCCGCUUGCUACCUAUGCGCCGGUGAUAUCCGCAGAGAAGGCCUAUCACGAGCCACUCUCUGUCCAAGAUAUCACUAACAUGUGCUUUGAACCGUGCAAUCAAAUGGUAAAAUGUGAUCCACGGCGAGGAAAAUACAUGGCUGUUUGCUUGCUCUACCGUGGUGACGUAGUGCCGAAGGAUGUGAAUGCCGCCAUUGCAUCAGUAAAAACUCGAAGGGGUAUCCAGUUUGUGGACUGGUGUCCUACUGGUUUUAAAGUUGGCAUAAAUUAUCAGGCUCCAACCGCCGUAGAAGGAGGAGACCUAGCUAAGGUGCACCGAGCUGUCUGUAUGCUUUCGAACACAACUUCUAUAGCUGAAGCAUGGGCAAGGCUAGAUCAUAAGUUCGAUCUUAUGUAUGCUAAACGGGCUUUUGUGCAUUGGUAUGUCGGCGAAGGCAUGGAAGAGGGUGAGUUUACAGAAGCACGAGAGGACUUGGCCGCAUUAGAACGGGAUUAUGAAGAGGUGAGCCGUGAUUCCGCUACACUCGAAGAGGAUGAGUACUAG